UGAGACGAGACUUCACAACACAUCCAAUGAUUUGAAAUAAAUAUAUAAGUUUUCAAUUGCGAGACAACGAUGCCGUCCACCCGUUUAAUACCCGUGCGAUUCAUUAUAAUGAUAGGACAUCUCGUUAUUCUCAUACUUCUCUUAUGGGAUAGAGACGAUAGCGUAAGAGCUUGUAUUCCAUGGGAUUCCAUGGGAUUUAGCACCACUCAAUACAACACCAAGAAUAUCGAGACGGAUUCGUUAUGCAUAGCAUUAAGUUCUCAGUUGCGGAUAAUUUUCGACAAUAUUGAGGAGUAUGUCAUCGAUGUAUGUCCGCAGCUUCACAUUCACUUCCUGCUGAUCCUUCAGAGCUGUUCUCAACUAUUGAGUCAAACAAAUGACAAGUGGUUACAAACAAAUCAAAUAAUGCUUAAACAAAUUCCUAACUCUGAGGCCAAGGAUGAGACCACUUCUCCCUCUUUGAGAAGAUUUCUGCCCUCUUCUAACCGAUUGUUGAGCAGUAGUGCCGACAGCUCUUCAUUGGCCUCUCGAAGGGCUAUGUUUUCGUCUUUCAGUUCUUUUAACUGUCGAUCCAUUUCGGAGUUGUAUAGCAUAUCGAUGUCAUCACUUGAAGACAUGUCGAGAGUUGACACUCUCUUCUUCUUCGUGUUUACGGACAACAUCUCGAAGUUUGUUCACUUCAAGCCUCAGGCCAUCGAUUUCAAUACUCUUGUCAUUGAUCUGAUCCUCGAGUUCUGUUUUGACGAUCCGAUUCAAGUAUUGUUCACAUUCUUGAGAUUUCUCCCUCUCAUGUCUGGCCAUCACAUCCUUAUAACGUCUGUCUUCUUCUCCACUCCUCUCUUCGUUUUGAAUCUCAAUAUCUCUGAGCUGUUCCUCUAA